AUCAAUUCACACUUUCUCGAUAAAUGUAAGUCAAUAUCAAAGUAUGCAAAGUCAUGGUUUGAUCAAUUCACUCGGUGCGAAUUGACCAACCAUGACAUGUUUCUCUCUUUGUAUACAGUGCAAAUCUCUGUUUUGAAACUCCAAAUCUUGCUUGUAACAGUGUUUUUGAGGUAUCUUAGCCUUUUCCCAAAUAGCUUUUGGCAAUGGCUUCUAAUUCUGCUUUACCUCAUAUUGUCAUCCUUUCUUUUCUUCUUUUUCUCCUCUUGGCUGUCUCUCAAGCUAAUGUUGAAUUGGGUACCCAUCUCAUAGCCGGCGAUGGAGGUUCUCCAUGGACUUCACCUUCAAGUGACUUUGCCUUCGGGUUUCAGCCCCUCGAAGAUAAGAAUUUCUUCUUGCUCUGCAUCUGGUUCUACCAAAUACCAAACAAAACUAUAGUCUGGUAUGCAAAUCGUGAUAACCCAGCACCAAGAUCAUCUAAAAUUGAGCUUACAACAGAUGGCCAACUUGUACUUACCAACCCCAUAGGCCAGCAGUUAUGGAAGGCUAAUACCAGUACCAGCGUUGCCGCAUCCGCUGCCAUGCUCGACAAUGGCAACUUCGUGCUUCAAAAUAAGGAGUCUCAGUACAUUUGGGAGAGCUUCAGCAAUCCUACAGAUACCAUAUUGCCUGGACAGAUACUGCAAGUGGGUGUCAAUCUUUCUUCUCAGCUGACGUAUACUAACUACUCACGGGGAAGGUUUCAGCUACGAUUGCUCCAAGAUGGAUCGGUCAUUCUCAAUCCUGUCUCCUUGCCGGCUUACUUUGCUUACGAUCCCUACCUCACUAUUGGGGUCGCUAAUCCCCCUGAUAACCGUUCGACGUUGGUCUUCAGUGAAUCAGGCCGUCUUUAUAUAGAGAGCAGCAAUGGAAGCAUUGUGGAUCUCUCACCAAUCAACACAUACCCAAGUGCUGAUUUCUAUCAUAGGGCUACCCUUGAUGUUCAUGGCGCAUUUUAUCUGUACUCUUAUCCAAGGCCUUCUCGUGGAGGUAUUGGAGUCUGGUCCAGUGAUAAAUCAUUUCCUGAUGAUGUCUGUAACAUUACUGGGGACCUAGGGGGUGGUGCUUGUGGGUAUAACAGCUACUGCGGAGUUGCUAAUGGGAUGCCCAUCUGUGAAUGCCCGCCUGAAUACACCCCAAAUGACCCAAAAAACAUUCUAAGUGGCUGCAAACCAAAAAUCCCCCUUUUAUGUGACGAAGGUGAAUCUGGUUCCCUUGAGAGCCUGUUUGAGUUUAAGGAGCUGAUUGGCACGAAUUGGCCCUUUAGUGAUUACGAAAGGAUUGAGCCUAUUAGCGAAGAGGACUGCAAGAAUUCUUGCUUGCAAGACUGUUACUGUGCAGUUGUAAUUUAUAAUACAGCACAGCAAUGCUGGAAGAAGAGGCUUCCAGUUUCCAAUGGAAAGUUGAGCGCAAGUGACACCGGGAAGGCUCUGUUCAAAGUAAGGCGUCCAACUUCUUCAAAUGCAACUUCUUCAAGCACGACGAAGAAAGAUCAAACAAUAGCUAUCCUGGUUGGAUCAUUGGGUGGAUCUGUAUUUAUCAACUUCUUAUUGUUAGCUGCAACUUGUCUCAGUGCAUUCUAUGCAUACCAAAAAAGACCGAAAAGUAAUACGCAAGGUUCAAGCAUUUCGGAGACUAAUCUACGUUCCUUUACAUACAAAGAACUCGAAGAAGCAACAAAUGGGUUCAAGGAAGAAUUGGGAAAGGGUGCUUUUGGCAUUGUUUACAAAGGUUUGUACCCUUUAGGCUCUAAAAAUCUGGUUGCAGUCAAGAGGCUAGACAAGGUAGUUCAAGACGGUGAGAAGGAAUUCAAAACAGAGGUAAGUGUGAUCGGCCAGACCCACCACAAAAAUUUAGUUCGAUUGUUUGGAUACUGUGAUGAAGGGUCACACAGGCUUUUGGUAUACGAGUUCAUGAGCAAUGGUUCUUUGGCAAGCUUUCUGUUUGGACUCUCAAGGCCUCAUUGGGAUCAAAGAACCCAGAUUGCAAUCGGGAUUGCAAGGGGGCUUGCAUACUUACACGAAGAGUGCAGCACCCAGAUCAUCCAUUGUGAUAUAAAGCCUCAGAACAUACUUCUAGACGAUUUUUUCAGGCCAAGGAUUUCUGAUUUUGGAUUGGCAAAGCUGUUGAUGCCUGACCAGGUCUUAACUCGUACAGUGGUUCGAGGGACUAGAGGGUAUGUGGCACCAGAGUGGUUCCGGAGUACGCCGAUCACAGCAAAGGUGGAUGUUUAUAGCUUUGGUGUGAUGUUGUUGGAGAUUAUCUCUUGUAGGAGGAGUGUUGACACAGCAUGGGGUGGAGAAGAGAAAGCUAUAUUAACGGACUGGGCUUAUGAUUGCUACAGAGAAGAUAAACUUGAAGAGUUGGUGGAGAGGGAUGAGGAAGCCAUGAGGGAUGAGAAGAGGUUACUGACUUUUGUGAUGGCGGCAAUUUGGUGUAUUCAAGAGGAUCCGCCGCUGAGGCCAACAAUUAAGAAGGUGUCACAGAUGCUUGAAGGAGCUGUUGAUGUUCCCUGUCCACCUUGCCCUUUUCCCUUCAGCUCUUACAGUUAACCCCUCUCUCUCUCUCUCUCCUGUGUGUGUUGCUUCCAUUGAUUCACAGCAUUGGAAUUGGCACUCCAAUUUUCUGCUUCAACCCUACAUUGCAGCUUUUAUGUCACACUGGAAAUUGUAUUCAAAAUAAAAGCCUUGAACAGUAAAUGUAGUGUUUUGUAUUUUAAUUGUUUUAGGAGGAUAAUAGAAGACUGUAUCCGUCUUAUGUAUGCAAAUUCAGUUAUGUUGAAGUAUUAACAUACUUAUUUUCUUUU